CACCAGUGAAAAGAAAGGUAACAAACUGUCAGAGCUUUGAUGACAUUCGACUGUACGAGUUUAGUUAUUUGUUCAAUUAAGUAAAUUCCCAUAGAGCGCUUGCUGUGUGAAGUAAUUCGUGGAAGUGCUAGAAAGACCAGUUGCCAUCUUAUUCUGCAAUGGAGUUCCGGAACGGGAUUUUAAACGGCGUGAGCAGAGCAGCUGAUGGGACCAUUUCUAUUCGGAAAGACGGUUAUGAGUACAUUGUAAGCGAAUACCCAAAGGAGAAGCACAUAGAGAUCCCCAGUCCCCUCGAUGAAUCUCAAAUCCUCAAGUGCAGUGUCUGUGAUUGCAACAUCAUACAAAGCGCCGUGGCUGAGCAUAUGACACUGCAGCACUCAAUUCAUAAAUGCUCGAAAUGCAACAAGACAUUCAUCUCAAAGCACCUGCUGCGCAAUCACGUAAGGCAAGCCCACAUGAAGGAUUGCCCUGUAUGCGGUUUACUUGUAAGGAAGUCCUUCUACACUGCGCAUGUUGCCGAACACUCGGCGGUUAAGUUAUACAAAUGCCCCGUUGAAAAUUGUAAUCAGAGCUUCAAGAACCCGUCACUGCUCAGGCAGCACGCAAGUGUUCAUCGCGAUUCCGGAAAGUUUCAAUCGAACCAGUGUCCUUUCUGCAAACUUGUCAUGGGCAAUUUGGAAGCGCACAUCGCGACCCAUUUGCGCCCGUUCCCGUGUGAUAUGUGCAGUGUUAGUUACAGCUCGGAGGAUAAGUUGAAGGCGCACAAGGCGCAGAAACACCAGCCAAAGUACCAGUGCAGCAUUUGCAAGAAGGUGUAUAAGACUCAUGGCGCCCUUAGCAAGCAUAAAAGGUCUAUCCACUCGAAUAUAGUCCACCCUUGCCCGACCUGCAAGGCCACCUACAAUCGACGCGAUAAUAUGCUGGCGCAUGUCAGGAGGGCACAUCCCAAUUCACCUUUAAUAAAGAGUUUGAAGAAGCGUUAACGACAGUGGGAGUGCGGCGGAGUGAGACGUGCCUUAUUUGUGCAAGAUUUGUUCAAAACGGAAAAUCAAAUUUUUAUUACAUUUCAAACAGUUUAGAGUAUAUCUUCGUUUAUAAUACUGACAAACCAUACAUUUAACCUCGUACAUUGUUUAUUAAAUAUUUUUAAUA